AUGUCAUCAUCGUCAGGAACAGCUUCACAGUCUAAAUCCAGCACACGUGCUUCGACCACAGUCAGCAUUUCAUCGACAUCUCCAGCUUCAACCAAGACAACUGGGCUCUCAACCACUUCGGCAUCUACUAAGUCGAGCGCCAGCACAGCUAUCUCUUCUAGCUCUCGCGCUCCAAGCUCUGUAUCAAGCAGCGCUUCGAAGUCCAGCGCUACUACUGCCGCAACUACCAGCACUCGCUCCGGACAAAGAUCAUCAACAUCAGCUCCGACAAGUACCGUGUCUCGAGCUUCAACUACUUCUCUUCGAUCGACUUCAGCCGCUCCAAGUACCACAUCAAAGACUCAAUCUACCAUUAUGAGCUCAACAAAAACGGCUACAGGUUCUACAUCUCGAACCCCAUCGUCAUCUCAGGUAUCUUCGACAGUCAGUAGUGCCACGUCAACCAUCAAGUCAAGCUCAUCAACAAAGGUCCCGACUACGUCGGCGGUGACCUCGACUUCGCGUUCUAUGUCGCCAGUGUCCUCGGUCACAACCUCUUCUCGAGGAAGAACUUCAUCGGGAACAAGCUCUGUUCCUGUUCGAUCAACUACCGCUAGCUCACGUUCCCAGACUACCGCAUUGACAACAUCAAGGACUGUCACCUCAUCGGCUCCUGUUCAAUCUACCAGCGCCAGCUCACGCACUCAGACUACCGGCCUUACUACCUCCGGCACCGUUACUUCCUCAGCUUCUUCACGGUCAUCAACAGCUCCGGCUUCGUCGUCUUCCUCCACAAGGGUUGCUUCAAGCUCAUCGGGGGCAAGUACCACUCGGCCCAGCACCAGCGCAACAGCGACAACUAGCCGUGUUGCGACCUCGACCACUGUAUCUACCGCAUCGAAGGCUAGCUCAACCACAAGCGUCUCUGUUGGUUCUUCCACACGGGUUUCUACCACAUCCGCGGGAACAACAACAAGACAGACGACAUCGUCUGCACCCAGCGUUUCUACCACAGCCUCUACUCGACCAACCACCAGUACCACUGCAACAACGAGACAAACGACAUCCGCCUCUGCCCCAGGCACUUCGACUACAGUGUCUACACGACAGACCACUAGUUCUGGGGCCACGACUAGACAAACAACUUCUGCUCCAGGUACUUCGAGCACGGUCUCAACACAACAGACUACUAGCACUUCGAAGGCUCAAACCACCGCCUCCACAGCUUCUACUGGUAUUGCCAGCACCUCCAGGACAACAACUGGGCGGGCUAGCACCACCACGAGCGCAAGUGUUUCCACCGGCAAGACUUCGGCCUCUUCUGUUUCAACUGGCGUCACCAGCUCGUCGAAGACAACCACAGCUCCGGUCACAGCUUCCACUAGUAGUAGUGUUUCCACAGGCCGAAGCUCUGCCUCUUCAGCCUCCACCUCCACUGUGGUCACAUCCCGGUCCACAACAGCACAGGCAUCUACUACCACUAGCAGCGGCGUGUCAACCGGCAAGACAUCUGCUGCUUCUACCUCCAGUGGAGUGGUCACUUCUUCCAAGAGCACGACCGCACAGGCCACAACAUCUACCAGCAGUGGCGUCUCGACCGGCAGAACCUCUGCCACAUCGACUUCCACUGGCGGAGCUAGCACUUCCAAGACAGCAACAAGUGGCGUGAGCAGUAGUACUAGCUCUGCGUUUUCUACGGGUCGGACCACAACCUCCGCUGCGUCGACAACUAUCAAGACUUCCAGCAUUGCUUCUACAGGUACUGUUAGUACAAGCAAGACCACAAUUCAAAGUUCUUCCACGGCCACUGUAAGCACUGCCAAGACCACCUCCUCAGGUAUUGUCAGCACAGCCAGCACUGCAAAGACGACGGCCCCAACCACCUCUUCUGGUAUUGUCAGCACUGCCAGCACUGCAAAGACGACGGCACCUACAACUUCUUCAGGUAUUGUCAGCACAGUAAAGACUACCUCCUCAGGAAUUGUCAGCACUGGAAAGACAACUGCCCAAACCACUUCCACAGGUGCGCUCAGCACGGGCAAGACCCAAUCCAGGACGGCACCCGUCACGACCAAGACAUUGUCCUUCACCACACCAGUACCUGUCAAGUCUACUACGAAGUGGUCCACCAAGACGAAGCCAACCCAGCCUCCAAAAACUACUCAACCUCCCAAGACCACUAAGAGUCAAGGCAAGCCCACUGCCACGCCCACCCCAGCUCCAUCAACGACCACCAAGGAGUACCCCGGUUGGCUUGGAUGGAAUAACCGCCCAAAGCCAACAGGGGAGUCGUCUACUGCCACUCAAGAGAAUUAUCCUGGAUGGCUGGCAUGGAAUAAUCGCCCCAAGCCUACAGGACAGAGCAACCACGAUGACCAAGGUCAUUGGUGGCAGCCACCACAUCACAACAGCAACGGCAACAACGGCAAUGACAAUAAUGACGACAACGAUAAGCAUGAUAUCUUCUCGUUCUGGCAAGGUGGAUGGAAGAAUGGAAAGGGAGAUUCCGACAACAGUGAAGGAACCAAUGGGGACAAACCAAGCGGUUUCUGGUGGAAGCCCAAAGACAAGGAUGGCAAUGACAAGCCCAGACCUUCGUGGUGGAAUCAAUGGAAGGAGGCUUCGGAAGAGAAGAGUGACGAUGGCAAGCCCAACAGGCCAUCUUGGUGGAAUCAGUGGAAGGAUGCUUCCGAUAAUGCCAAGGACCGCAAGGACAAUGGUGACAAUUGGGCUGAGUGGAAAGGUGAUGAUCAGCCGCAAGGCCGGAAGGGGCGUUACAUGAUGAGAAGAUAG